AUGGGUCUGAAGCCAGCUAUCCCAUUCCAUCGAGAGCUUCUGGAAGAGCUGGGCUUUCCCAAAGGGGGCUUUCCCCUUCAACAUCUCCAAGAGUGUGGAAGAGUCCGAGAGACGGGUUUCGUGUGGAUGAAACAGAAGGCUCCCUACGUGCACUUCUUUGUGGGAACCAACACCCGUGUGAAAUAUGCCACCGAAGUGACUGCUUCUUAUAUAGAAAAGUUCAAGAUGAAGAAGAUGACUGGCAUCAAGAGCAAACAGAUGUUGCUGUGGGUCCCCAUCACGGAGAUGAGCAUCGAGGAACCAACGAGCCAGAAGAUAUAUUUUAAGACGUCUGUGGGGAUUGGCAAGUCCUUUCCAUUCACCGCAUUUAUGACUGAAGAAGAGAAGCAUUAG